GCGAGAUAUCUUAUGUGGGCAUAGUUAACCAUCUGCGGGUGAUGUGAAAUACAAUGAAACAAACGAAUAACUAUAACAGACAAUUACUAAUAUUUUAGUUUGUAUUAUAACGGUUGUCAAGAAUUAUGUGCGUUGUUGUGAGUGCAGUGUCUAAAAUGGGGAACGUGAUGUUAUUCCCAUUAAAUCGCUCAGGAAAAUAAAAAUGGCGACGUAACUCAUUAAAAACGGAAUCGUGAUGAAUAAUCCCAGUAAACAAGCAUCAGACAACGGCAGAAAGUCCUCGACGAAAACAUGGAACGAUAACUCAACGGCGCCGAACUCAGGAAUUUACUAUUUUAUACACGAAGAUACGGAGGAGUCCCAAGUGGAAGAAAUGCCAUCAGACGUUGGAUCGAGUUUGGACACUGGAUACGAAAUGCCAAAAAGGAAGGCAGUCUCCGAGGACACGAUAAGACGACUGGUGCACCAAGCCGAACAACUGGUCACUCCGGACAUUGCCUUCAGGAAAAACCACAAAUCGAAAAUAAGAAUCGCUGCUAACGACGAAGAUAGUUGUGAUGCUAGCGGUGAAGAUGACCAGGAAUCGCUAAUAUCAGAUUACGACGAUAGCACGGCCACGUUGAAAGGUCUCAACGAUUCUCAAAUGACAGAAAACGGGUUGGGUUCGGAGGAGAAGAUCAAAAGUUGGAACACGUCGCUUAACCAGGCUUGCUCAACACCACAAAGGUUUAACAAUUUAUCAAUGUCAGAAUCGGCGUUACACAAUAUGCAUUAUCCUCACAAAUAUUUUAACGGCACCGAGGUCAGCAACUCGACAUCAUCGACAGUCGAAGAGGUUGGUCCGCAUUAUUUGGAAAACCCUUCCCCAAACCGCAGAAAAAAAAGAAAAAAUAAAACUAUGUUUGGAAAAUCCGAUCCAUAUCUGACUAAUUGCUCUCCAAGACAAAAAAGCAUGUUGCUUAAGUCUUGCUCGUUUUCCGGCUUCAGUAAUAAGCAUAACGCUAACGAAUCGAGCUCGUGCAGCGAACCCGUAAUUAUUAUGCCAAAUAUUUGUGAUACUUCAACGACCAGUGGAGGAGAAAGCGAAGAGGAAAUGUAUAAACGAAGGGCGGGCAGUUUUAAGGUCGGUUUACGCACCCACUAUUUUAAUAAUGAGGCGAGAGAUUAUAGCCCGGGGAAAAGUAGUUUGAACAUGGAGGAGCAAUCUAGUUCCUUAUCGGAGGCCUGGGACAAUUACCAGGAGAACUAUUUGUCGGAGCCCUAUAGCGAAUCUCGCGAUUCAGACGGCGCCAGAAGACUUUUAAAUUUCGGUGAGGACUACAGAAAUUUCAUCGACAGUCCUUCCGAUUGGUCGGCAUUUUCCGACGUAUCGCCGGUAUUUAAAAGGAAACAAAGAACACCCCGUAAACCAUAUGACGAUGAUUUUUCUUUAAAGCAAUUUCUAAGCGAUUCGAAGAAUCAAUAUAAGCUAUCGGAAGAAUUAUUUAAUUCGCACAAUUUAGAUAAUCACUUUGUUACAAGUGAGAUAGAUGAUUUAUUUUCCAACUGUGAUCGGCAUAUUGCCCUUAUAAAUCGUAUUUUUGAGACCCCUGAAGCCCACAAAAUCUCUUUAAUCGAACAAAAGAAAAUGACAGAUUUACUUCAGCAAUGGAGGCUUCUAAAAAACAAUAUACAAAAAAUGCAGGAAUAUGCCACCUUGCAAAAAAAGAUCUCCGAAACGAAAAUAUUAAUAAAAAAACUUCAAGUACCUGAAUAUCUCAACUUUAAUUCAACACCUCUAGACCAUAUCAAGAACGAAAUUGACGUCUGCAAAAAUUUAUUGAAAGUUAUUGAUCUGUAUAGCGAAAAAUUAACUGGAAUCAAUGUCGAUGUGCAUAGAUUUUCUUUGGCCAAUCACGAUCUGGACUCUUUAAACUCCAAGCUGAAGGCCAACGUUCUGGACUUAUAUGAACUACUGGAUAGUGCAAAAACUUUGAGUACUGAAAAACUGGAACAAAUGGGAAAUCUACUGCCAAAAUGGCAAAGUUUAGAAUCCAGACUGGAACAAUUCCGUAUGGACCUCAUGGACGACGAAAAAAAUAUCGACGCUUUGAUUAGCUCAUUAAAUGAUGGGAUCUUCACUGAUCAAACUGCAACUGGAGUCAGAGACAUCGCCAAGUUAUUGUCUGAAUCGACAUAUCAUCAGGGUCAUCAUUUGGGCGAUUUCUUGACUGAAGGUUCAGUUUCGGACAGCGGCAUUUCCGAUGAAGGUUCAGAACACGAAAUCGGCGAACGACAAGGCAGAUUAUCGGCUAUACGACGAUUAGUCAGGCAGUUUGAGGCCAGUCUACCUUCAGAUUCAGUAUCGAAAAUCAAAAUACGAGAAACCAUUAACAAAAUUGAAGACGAUCUUAAAACGCUUCAAUCUAAAUGCAGGUCUUUGGUUGCAAGGACCUCAGCAUGCUCAUCAUCCAAUCUAAGUCUUCAGCAAAAAGAGGCGAUCCUGAAAUCCUUAAUGAAAGGCGAGGAUCCUCCAUCAAACAGCGAUAAGCGUCCCAAGUGGUACAACAGCCGCAGUUUCAAGGCGUCGCUGGUAUUUCAGGCGAUAAUAUUAACUUUCGUUUGUUUGACAUAUUUUUUCGAUCCGCAAUGUUGCGAUCACAUGAAUAAUUACAAAUGGUCUUUUAGUCCGAAGUUGCAUUUUGAAGGACGCCCCCCAGUAUAAAUAUUUUUAUAGAUCUAUUUAAAAUAAAAAUUAAACUGUCAUCAAUUAAGGAAGUUAAUAAUGUCUACUAUUUUUAUUUUUAGUUGUAGUGGGAUGCAUUUUUGACAUUAUUAAUUUAUGCGUGUUAUUUAGCUUAAUAGGUUAAGUUUAGCUUAAGUGUGCGCAUUACUAUAUAUUAAUAUUGAUGGAAGUUAAAUUUUUAUUUUAUUCUUGUUUUUUUAAGCUGUAUAUAUGAGACAAAAGCAUAUUUUUAUAGUAUUACUUACAAUAUUGUUUGUUAAUGCAUGUUUUUGGUGAGUUUUAUGAAAAAGCAAUUUUUCAAGUUUGAUGACGGUAACAUGUCGAACCAUAAGUUUUCUACUUAACGUGUGGUGCCGAAAAUUGUAAAAAAUGGCAUUUUACCUCGUCAUGGUGCAUUUUGUUAAGUGUACUUCCACAAACAGGCACCGACAUACAGCCUGUUUCGGUUUUUGGACCCCAUUAGUGCCGGGUAGCAAUGCCAUGCCACGUCCUCUGAGGGCUUUCGCUCACCGCUGUCCCUGUAACCACAUGGCUAAUGAGGUCCAAGAAGCACACUUAAAACAAAAAGCACGGUGACGAGCUAAAAGGCCGGUUUUCAUUGAUUUUUAAUGUUACGAAUAUUGGCAAACAUUCAAAAUGUUUGUAAUUGUAAUUUUUAUUACAUAAUUUUAUAUAUUUAAUAUUAUUACUAUUUUCAAAAAGUUAACAAUUACUAUUUUAUGGUAAAUCGUUGACUUUUUUAUUAGGUCCAACCUAAGUAAAAUAUUUUUGCAAUGCAUACCUUUUUAAAGGAAAUUUGAUUGCAUCCAACAGAAAGUCUGCAAAAGAAUCCUAUUUUUCUUGCCCUACUUACUAGACUACUGUUCCUAUUUUUAUAUGUAAAUAUUUUCGCCACUAUUAUACCAUAAUUUUUUAUUUAUCGUUUUGGUAUUUGGUAUUUGCAUUUUAUAGCCUAAAAAAUAAAUUAACCCGGUGCCUUUCUGUCAACUAAGCCCAUUCUUAGCCUCUUUUAUAAACAUGUUAACAUUUUGAUUUUAUUUAAUAACACGCUGUGCAGCACGUUACUAAAUAAAUCCAAAAUACUGCGCAUCAAGAGGCUAAUGUUUGUAUUAUAUUUAUUGAUCUGGGACAGACAAAUUUUAUUAUAUUUAUUGAUUUAAAUUGAUCUGUCCAUUUGUAUUAAACGUUAUGUUACCUUAUUUUAUAUAUUUUUUUAGAAUAUUUACAUGUUAGCAUAGCAUAGCAUUUGACAAGGCAUUAUUUAGGUAGUUUAUUUAAAUGGUCUGUAGGGUUUGAUGAGUUUAGUUCAAAUAAAUUUUGACAAUAAAAAAAUUACAAAAG